GCGGCGGCGGAGAAAGUGACCCGGCCUGUGUGAGGAGCGAAGUCGGCCCCGAGACCUGGAUAUUCAUAUUGUCCUGCAUUAUUCAUAAUAACAAGAAGAGCCAGGCGGGCUUCCUUCUGCUUUAGAGGCGAACGCACCACUAUCUCGGCUUCUGAGGUUUAUUUCUCCACGCAGCGAGAUGAUGUGUAACAGGGCGGCAGACAUGGAGUCCCUCCAGAACUGUGUCCACCAUGUCCCUCACUGUGCGCCCAACCCGGCGAGUCCUCUCGCGGUCCAUCACUAGGAGCCAGUCUUUCGCCGGAGUCAAUUCUCACGACAAGCCCUACAGACACUUUUCUGUGUUCAGCACACCAGGGUGCACAAGGAAAACUGCACUGCGAGGAAGCAGGAUGUUCACGCUCUCUGCCAAGUCUCCACCACCUAAGGUCCCUCAGCCCGAGAGGCUGGACGAGGUGUAUGAAGCCCUAAAGAGAGGCCUGCAGUCCUACCUCCAUGUCCAUCAGCUGGAGCUCGACAACCUGAACAGGCAAAUGAAGGAGUCCAAGAGGAAUUCCCGACUGGGAUUCCUGUAUGAACUUGACAAGCAAGUGAAGGUGACUGAGCGGUUUAUGCGACGGCUGGAGUUCCACCUUAGUAAGAUUGACGAGUUGUAUGAAGCUUACUGCAUGCAACGCCGCCUCCGGGAUGGAGCCAACAAGAUGGUGAAGGCAUACACAGCCUCUCCUGGGAGUCGGGAGGCACGAGAGAGUUUAUCUGAGGCCAACAAGGGCUAUAAAGAAUAUACUGAGAAUAUGUGUAUGCUUGAGAGUGAGCUUGAAAACCAGUUGGGAGAGUUCCACAUCAAGAUGAAGGGUCUGGCCGGCUUUGCACGCCUCUGUGCUGGAGACCAGUAUGAGAUCUUCAUGAAAUAUGGACGGCAGCGCUGGAAGCUUAGAGGUCGAAUUGAGAUCAAUGGCAAACAGGUUUGGGACAGCGAGGACAUGGUCUUCCUACCACUCAUUACAGAGUUCCUCUCAAUUAAGGUGACAGAGUUAAAAAGUCUGGCCAACCAUGUGGUGGUGGGAAAUGUGUGCUGUGAGACAAAGGACCUCUUUGCUGCAUUGCCCCAGACAGUUGCCGUAGACAUCAACGACCUGGGGACCAUCAAACUCAGCUUGGAGGUCACUUGGAAUCCCUUCGACAAGGAUGACCAAAGCUCAUCUGCCAGCACUGUUAACAAAGCCCCCUCGGUCAACAAGCGGUUCUCUACCUACAACCAGAGCCCCCCAGACACCCCUUCAUUGCGGGAACAAGCUUUCUAUAACAUGCUACGCAGACAAGAGGAGCUGGACAACGGAACAGCCUGGUCCAAUUCCUCUGAGUCGUCUGAUGAUUCGUCCAGCCCACAGCUUUCCAUGGGGCUGCGCCAUUCCCACAAGACCCUGGUCCAGCCAGAGGUACAGGUGGCUGCACCCCCCAUCGAAAUUGCCUUCACACCCCGGGAAUCCGCCACCUCCACACCAACCCGUCCGGCUAGUCACGCGGAGGAGGAGGAAGAGGAGGCGGGGGAGCUGGAGGCUGGUGUCACAAGUAAUGAGGAGGGUGCAGGAAAGCACAGCGUGCCCAAUGGCCAUAACGGCCCCACCCGCUACUCUCGCUCUCUUAGCCACAUCAGUGAGAGCAGCAUCGAUGGUGCCUUGACAGAGAGGUCUGGUGGUGACUCUGCUGAGACCCCUGGUGAUGUCUCAGUUGUCUCCGUCAAUGACAUCCUCAUGGGCAUUGCCACAUCCCCGAAUUCAGAGCCCCGCACCUGUGUGCAGGAAGCCGAUAAGGCCUCGAACACUCCUGAGCCAGAUACUACAGGGCCCUCAUCUCCUGUAACCUCAGGGGCCUCCUCUAUCCCACCCCUCAGUUCAGAGGAGCAACCAGCUGCCCUUGAUGAGGACAAUAGCAGGUCAGCUGCCAGGAGUUCGCUUUCCUUGGAGAAAGGGCAGACAGACAGUCCGGUGAAGCUCCCAUCAGUGUCACCCUCUGCUACUACAGCAGUAAUGCUGGAGGGCCCUGCUUCUCACUGUAGUGACUCCACAGGGUCUGAGGCCCUGGUCAAGCCCUCUGGAGUGCCUGCCUCGCCAGUACAUAUAGAGCAGACAGAGGACAGGUCAAAAGCACAGCCAAGCAAGCUCACUGGAGAGGAGGCCAGUAAGACUGGAACUGUAGCUGAGGCCCAGAACACAGAAGGCGCUGGGCGGCCGGUUGUGGACAUUGGUUUGGAGGAAGCGCUGAGUUCUGUCAGCUCCUCGCUGGACGACUACAGGGGUCAGUUCCCUGAGCUGCAGGCACUGGAGCAGGAACUCAGGCAGCUGGAGGACGUGCUUUUGGGUCGGAAUCGUAGCCGCUCGUCCAGCGUGAGUCUGACAGUGGAGAAUGCACUUGGUAGCUUUGACUUUCUCAACACCACUGAUCUUGAAGACGAGGAAGAGGAGGAAGGAGGAGGAAGGAACAGCAAUGUUGGCAGCAGUGGCACUCAUGUGGAGAAGAGCAUAGGGGAGGCAACAAGUUGCGAAGGGACCCGCUGGGAGUCCCCGUCGAGCCCAGUGAGCUCUGGGUCAGAAGCCUUAGAUCAGGCUCUGCUGGUGCAUCUGAGGAACUGCAGCAUCCAGCUCCUGCGGCUGGGCACAUACGGCCCCCUGAGAUGUGGAGAAAUGUAUGCUCUGGACUACCUGCUGAGGGAAGCCCGGGUACUGGAACUCAUUUGUAGGGUCACAGAGGACUGGUCUGGUCAAGCCACCCAGGCUGAGCUAGUGGUGCCCCAGCUCCGGCAUUGUCAAGGUGCCCUAUCUCUAUGGAAACAGUGCACAGAACACACCAGUGUCUACAUCACAUCUGUAGAGAACUUCAUAAACACACUGGCUAUGACAUACUCAAGUCAGCUGUCUGACCGAACCGUCAACCUGGCUGACACAGUGUUUCUGCGCCUGGUGGAACGUAUCCUGGAGAGGAAGCUGCCGAGACGGGCAGGCGGAGGAGCCCGUGAGACACUAACCAUCUUCCAGUUCUGGAAGUACCUUGAGGCAGAGGGAGUGAGUGCACUAGACGCACAUGUGACGGAACUGGCAGAGGAGGUGUGGCUGGUUCAGUGCCUCCAGUCUGGCGACCAAGAUACCCUGCUAAAGAUACUAAAGAAGCCACCUGAGGCAAGCCUGAAGCGGGAAGGCCUGCACACUAUCAGUAGACUGCUCACAGACCCACGGGGCAAAGUGUGUAGUGCGGCAAGCUCCCUGUUCCGAAGCCUGACCGAGCACCCCCUCCAGCGUGAGAGGGCCCUGGUAAACUGUCUGGAGCUCCUGGAGGAUGACAGUGUGGACAUCCGAGUUGCUGGCUGCAAAGCCCUUGCCUGCCUCAAGGCUAAGGAAAGCAUCGAGCAGCUGGUGUACCUGUGCCGAACUGACAAGGAGGAUGUGCGGGACGCAGCCAAGCAGGCCCUCCUUGUGUUGGGUGAGGAGGGUAAGCUUGCCUACCGCCACGUGGAGUCCGCUCAAGACAGCAUUCCCCGCCUUUUUGCUCCCGGCAGCAUGGCCAGCACUGCCUUCUAGUGCCACACAGAUGUCAGUUCCUUAUAAACCAACAUGCCCAUAUUUAUACACAACCAUGUUUCAGACCCAGUGUUUUGCACAGUGUCUGACACCAACACUGUCAGAGGGACACUAGUGAGCGAGCACAUUGCCCCAAGUUUGCUUCUGUGGACAUCCAGCUCUAGUGUGGUGGAAUUGUCUUUCACUAUGACAUGAAUUUAUUGUAUAACAUCUGUGUAGUUCACGCUGUACUUAUAUGUAUAUUAAUAUAGAAGUAAGUGUUGAUUAUUUUGAAGAGCUGUGAAGCUGGAGAAAGGGAGAGUUUUCACUGCCUUACGGUGUGACCUGUGGUUGUGGCCUUCUGAAUUUACUGGAGGUAUCGUGUCGAAGUCUAAGGGGAGCUGUUAAACUGCAACACGAAGACCAAGAAGAAAGAAUGGAAGGACAGACAUGGAGAAUGUCCUGCAACAAGAGAGGAGGGGGUGGGAAGUGUGACCUUGGGACAGGGCUGAGGUGGUCAUCUUCAGCUCCUCCUGAGUUUCAUGAGCUGGUUAGCUUCAGGGAUGCAGUGUGCCUGUGGAUGGGAUUGCGGAGGGUUUGCAGUGCAGUGGGCCUGGGCCAGGGGAGGAGUGCCCCCAGUAUGUAUGGGGAAAUGACAUGGAUGCAGAGAUCCUGUCUGAAUGAUUUCCUCAUUAUCCAGGGAUCUUGUCUGGCCACUCAGAAUUACAUUAACAAAAUGUAACACAGUGCCAUCAUUCCAUUCAUACUGAUAUUUGUUUUAUAAGACAUAAAUCUGUGUUCAGUGUAAGGUGUAUACAUUUUCCUGUUGGUGUAAUUCAGUUAGCAAUAUUUUAAACCGUACAGGUAAGAGCAGAUCUUUAUAUAUUUGAUGCUGAGAGAGAUCAGUUACCCACAGCACACAAUGACAGAUUUGUGCCUGUGGCCAAUGAACUAAAUAGUGUUUCUGCUGUAAAGAGUUUUUUUUUUUUAUUAUGAAAAUCUGUAUACUGUGGUGGACAUUACAGCUAUGGAGGACAUACAAACUGUCCUCCUCCUUUGAAAACCACUGGAUUAGCUCGAGUCUGCUCACACUGAUGUCAGCGUGCAUCCAUCAUGGAGUGUGUCCAAAAUGUGGCAAAAGGAAGACAAGCGGGUUGUGGAACAGAACCUGGGAUUCAGCGAGUGUAUCUCUUAGGGACACUUCAUCCAUUUCAUUUAGCUGGACCUCAACAGCGAGGAAAAGGGAAGUCUUAGCUAUCUACAAGUGCCUAAAGCAACAGUGAAGGGUGUUUUCAUGAAGUUAUUCAUUAGACAUUUUAUUUAAUUGUCUGAGAAUUGCAGUAGAUGGAAGAAACACUGCAGGAAAUUUUUAAGUUUGUUUUAUUUUCUAAAUGAAGAUUGUGUUGCAUUAAAGAUAUACUUUUUUCUAUAAAAUGUAUAUUAAAGCUAUUGCCUGAAAAU